GCUCAUCGGAGCAGAGCAGCAGGCAAUGGAGUGCCCAUGCAUGGCCAGCGCAAAGAACAGGGUGGCAACUGUGGCGACGGGACUGACUGAAGCUCUUUUUCAGCGUGUUGGAGAAGCGGAGGCCGGUAGUUUUUGGCACAAGAAGCCUGCAGCCAGCUGCCACUGCCGGCUCGGUUCCAUCUGGCAAAGAGGCGACUGGGAGGCUUCUCGCACCGAAAAAAAGAUGCGGCGGCUGCAGGCAUCUUGCAACAAGGGGUGUGUGUGAACAAAUGCGCGUUGGCAGGAAGUCCAGUGGUGACGACUUAGACCUGGUUUACCUUCCCUGGCAGCCAGCUGCAGGAGAAAGCUUCCCCAGUUCCUCAUUACAACUGUCCAAAGCUGUGCCUUGUCUCUAUUUCAGCCUUUACCCACCAAUGAAGCCCUUUCUCUUCUUAAUUCCAGCCGCCGUGGCUGCUCUCACCCUGGCAGGGACAACUGUGUGGCCUCUUCAAGAAAUAGUCAAUGCUGGAGGUGAGAUUCAAAUUCCAUGCGACCGGAAAAAUGUCCAACUCAUAUGGUACUGGAUUCCCCGUUACCCCAUCUGUGCAGGCCUAAAAAUGGGCCGGAUAGAAAUCUACCGUGUAAUUUCUAACGAGAUGCACAUUAAUGAAAAUCUGGAGAGAUUUCAAGGGAUGAUGCUAGAAAAAAAUAAUGGAAAGUCCGUCCUCACCGUCCCGCUCCAACACAUGAAUGACUCCGGCACUUUCUAUUGUUUCGAUGGAAGAAGUAACUCAUCCUUUAUCUCAGUCGUUGUGAAAUCUGAUAAUCGACAUGGGAUGACAGUUUCCCCUCCUGAGAAAUCCCAAAGAAGCAAACGGCUAGUAAAGCUGACCUGCAAUCUUUGUGAUGACAACAUGAAAGGCCAAAUUCAUGGAAGCUCUACCAUCGCCUGGACUAUUAAUGGGCAAGAAUCUUCUAAGCACAUUUUUAAGCCCCUAAGAACUGCAAUCUUAGUGGAAGACAGUCCCCCAAAUUAUGGUCUCUGGAAAUGCAGCAAUUCCAGAUGUCCUACACAAUCUGACGGCUACUGCUUCGAAGAUGAAGUCAGAAUUUCAGAGAGAACAGAGAUGGAGGAAAUGUUCUGGUCUACUCCAGCACCAUUCUAUAAAGAGAAGAAGUUUAUGAUCCAAGUCAUUGGCGGUUGCGUGAUAGGAAUUUUCGUUCUCCUAUGGAUGGGGGUGACUAUAUUUGUUCUCCGGGAGAAGCUUCCAUCACGGAGAACCAGCCCCAGUAAAAUCGCAAAGGAGCCAAAAUCACAAGUGAUUCAGAAUUCAGUUGGAAUAGAAAAACCCCUCAAGAACCAAGAGAAAGACGUAGAGAUGAAUGAGGCCGAUGAGCCCAGGAGCAGUGCGCCGAAGCUCAGCUGGCUGACGGGAGGAGAAGGAAUCCAGUACUCAGUACUGCAAUUCAAGGAGCCUGAGCAAUGCCAGAGUCAGAAAAAGGAGGGGACCCCUGCUAUCAUCUAUGCAGAAAUGCUCUAGAGCAAUUGUUCAAAAAGCUGAUCUGUCCAAAAGGAAGAUAUACGAUCCUUCGGUGCAGCGUUUCUCAACCAUGGAAGCUUGAAGAUGGUUGGACCUCAAUUCCUGGAAUUUACACAAUCCUUUGGUGUAGUGCAGGGGUAUCAAACACAAGGCCUACGGGCUGGAUCUGUCCCAUGGGUCCGUCCCGUGGAUUCGUCCCACGGGGUGCUGAAAUUUAGUGUGCUGAAGCUGAUGCCCCACCAUCCCCAAUCUCAACCUGACCAGGCUAAGGACUAGCCAAGUGAAUACCUGGUAGGCAGAAUCCAUCCCCAUUUUCUUCCCCAAAAACUAAGGUGUGUCUUAUACUCCAGUGCGUCUUAUGCUCCGAAAAAUAUGGUAAGUCCUAAGGUGUCUUUUGGAGCAAAAAUUAAUAUAAGACCCGGUCUUGUUUUUGGAGAAACAUGGGUAACUCUAAAGGGUCACUGAAUGAAGUGUUGUAAAUCGAGGACUACCUGUACAAGCAGGAUGACAUUAUACCAGUAAACUUCUUUGGGAUUAAGAAGGCAGUCAUUCAACAGCGGACUUGGAGGCAGGGGGGAUAACCUGUAGGAAUGUAAAAUACAAAAUCUAUUUUUUUUUUGUCCCAUUUAUGAUAUUUUUGUUUUGCACAGUUUUUCCUUUAUGUCUAAAUAAAUGUUACUGGGCCUGUC